CAACUUGUAACAGAUAAGUACUCAGUCUUACCUAUCGUUCAGUUCAGUGUGUUCAGCUGAGUGUUAGCUUCUGAAGAGACAAUAGUGAUCACAGAUUGGAGUUUCAGUAUAUAUGCUUGUGACAUACGUGAUUCCUUGGCGAUCGAUCGCAUAGUACUUUCUUGCCGUGCAUUGUCUGCUAUUGUCUGCUGUUGAGCUCUGAGAGUUCAGAGAGGUGUGAACUAGCUCAGAUCCAUCCAUAGACCGUCUAAGAUCUGUGCAUCAGAUCCAAGCACAGAGUUGUUUCAGGUUCGAAUUGGAGAAAAUGGAGGGCUCCUCAUCUUUAACACUACCAAAGUUGCCACUCAGAAGAUGCCUCGAAGACAUAAGCAAUUCUAGCGAGCCCAACCUACCUUCUGCGGCAUUCGUGGAUUCUCCCCUUGACAAAAAAGAGACGAUGAAUUACGAGCAGCUGUCGAAAGUUCAACGGAAAAAAUUGGAAACAAAUUGCUGCGAAUUUACCGAACCGGUCAGAUAUUCAGUGACUUCACCGCUGGCAGAAGGUUCUCAAUCCAACGUUAAAGGAUAUUGGAUCAAAGAGGAGGACGAUAAGAUGCUCGAAUUGGUCAACACUUUAGGCACCAAGAGUUGGGCUGCCAUCGCUAGUUCGUUGCCAGGCAGAAAUGGCAAGCAGUGUCGAGAGAGAUGGUUCAAUCAUCUUGAUCCCCAACUCAAGAAGGAGCCGUGGAGUGAAGCCGAAGAUAUAAUGUUGUUUUGGGCUCACCAGAGGUUUGGCAACAGAUGGGCGGAUAUCGCAAAGAUUAUUCCUGGCAGGUCCGAGAACAGCAUCAAGAACAGAUGGAACACGGGAUUGAAAAAACGUGCGGCCGCACUGGAAGAUUACAGUGAGAACUGGGUCAACAAGAACACUUUUGGAGAGCUUUCGUCCCUUUCCGACAAUGUGGCUCCAACAAACCUGGACGCUUCUCAAGAUAUUCUGGUAUUCAAUGGCCAACCCAAUACUCAUCUUCAGGACUCGAAUGCUACGGAGGACCUUCUUGCAUUGAACAGCGAGUUCGGAGCCGACGAGUUUGACGAUAUGGAUGUUGAUGACGAUAACGUCCCAGAGUUUGACAUGGAUGUCGAUGACGAUAUCCCCCCAGAGUUUGACGUGGAUGUCGUUGACGAUUGCUUCCCAGACUUUGAUGACUUCUGUCUUUGAUGGAAAGUUUUCUGAUGGCAAGUUUUUUACAAGUAAUACUCAAAGGACCAUGUAAAUGGCAUAGGGGCUCGUGGGUUGGAGAAGCAAUGAUUUUGACUCAUAAGAAUUUUCUGUGACUUCCUUUACAUCGAGAUAUUAUAAUGGUCUAAUACUGUAGCAAGAAUUGUAUUUUUAUUAUUGCAAGUUACUCCUGUUAGUUGUAUAUUUUAGAUACUCAGAUGGACGUAAUUUUCUAAUACUGUAGACUGUCAUCACAGUUUAUGUUUUCCUAAAGAACAACAAUUUUGACUUCUCCUUGUACUUCGAUGCGGAGAUGCACUUAUAUUUUUGUGAUUUCAAUCGAUUGCUUCGACCGCUACUAUCUUGCUCAAGAAUCGCGAGCUUUUGAUUUUUUGAGACUUUGACUCCCUGACUGUUUUUUCUGACUCAACACCAACGCUACUUCUCAAGUUUGUGUUGCAAUUGACAUGAAGUGUAAUAUUUUCUGUCAGCUCGCAAAAUACUUCCCUUGUGAAGGCCCCGAUCUGAGGUAAGAAUGCAACCACUGGACUGUGUUGGACUCCAUAAAU